AUGUUGGAUGAAAGAAUAAUUCUUGUUCAUCCGGAUGGCCGGACACAGAGUAUUAAGGAAUACGUUCACGAGCUGGUCAAAGGAGCACAGGUUCGAUUGAAUGACGGGAAAGAUCAAUGGGACAAGAAGAAACAUAAGAACGUGGGUAUCUCAAAAUCCAAACAAAAGGUCACACACUCAACAGAAAAACCGGAAGCUGUCCGAUUUCAAGAGACAUGGAUUGAUGACGAUGAUGACGUAGGGAAUGAUGUUAGUCCUGGGUUAUCCAAAGGGGACCCUUUAUCAUCGUGUCAGGUGACAGGCGAGGGUGCCUGCGGCUCCGUGGAUAUUAACAACGACCACGAGGAAGAUGAUUCGCACGGUGGAUGGGCAUUCCUUAGCAGACUCAUGGCUGUGAGGAGUGCUCUCAUGAGAGCUACAACUAGACGUCCCAGUCAGACUUCAGAGGGAAAUGAAGAAAAGAGGAGCAUUGCCGAUUUCUUUCGAAAGAGAAAAAGUUCAGAUAAUACAUUCGCAACAGAGGAGAAAGACAACGAAGCAUGCGCCAAACCACAUCACGUGACUCCGUCUCCUAAGAAACAGAAGACGCGACUGAUGUCGGACGACUCUGGAAUCGCUGUCGAUAUACCGAGGAGGGAAUCUGAGAUUAGAAACCAACGCUUAGCCAGAUUCCGGAAUUCUAUUCGAAAUUUCAUAUCUUGUUCCACGACUUCUAAUAACGUUCCUACUGUGGAGUCGGCAGAGCCUUCAGAAGUUCAAAUAUAG